AUGAACAAUCCGAAUUCUAGCUUGAGUUCCGGAUACGGUCUUUCCAUCUAUAGGAGUUACCUGGAGCAUUCGCGGAUCGACAUGCAGGGGGACGAAGCCAAUGCCUUCGUGGUCAGGGCACUGCGGUUAGUAAUCGAAAAUGUGUUAGCCCAAAUAAGCACUACUCUGGUGGUGACCAUCUCCACUCGACACCUGGGCACCGCCCAUUGGUUCGAGUACAUGUUGAACAACCUGAUGGAUUCAUGGCGAAUGGUGGCUGUGCAACUUUUCCGGAUUCGUCCUGAUUUGGUGGCUAAUCUGGUGCCCGGGAGGAAACGAGUUAACCUGUUAAUGGUAGACUCAUAUGUAGGAUUGUUGGACACCAACAUUACGGCCAACAAUGCGGACUUUGAUGACCCGGACUAUUACUUUAUUUUCUUGCAGGCACGGGAUCACCUGGUCCCCAAGCAGCUGCAGUUGAUCCUGGAACACUGUUUGGCCCACUUUUGGCUGCACUGCAAUGUAAUGGUCCAAACCGCUCAAGUGGAGGUGUUUAUUUAUACCUACUUUCCAUAUACGGCGGACAGUUGCCAGGAGGCACAUCCCGUGCUAGUAAACACGUUUGAUGGUCGCAAAUGGAAGCGGAAUUUCAAGAUGUUUCCAGAUAAAGUCAGCCAGAUGCACGGAUGUCCACUAACUGUACUCACCUGGCACCAGCCACCCUUCGUUGAGCUGUUUUGGGAUCCAAAGAACAAUCGCAGCGGAGCAAGUGGCUUUGAGUUUCAGCUGGUAAAGCACCUUGCACGUCAAAUGAACUUUAGCCUGGAGGUGAUCGAUAUUGCCCUGCUGCGACCGAAUGCCUAUCGUCUGGCGGAAGGUGCCAACGAUGGACCCAUCGAAAAGCUCCUGCAGCGUAGUGCUAACAUAAGCAUGGGGUACUUCCGGAAGACGGCUCGCCGGAAUCAACUGCUGACCACGCCCAUGUCAUACUACUCCGCCAAUUUGGUGGCUGUUUUGCGGACAGAACGCUAUCGCCUAAGUUCUCUUUCCUUGCUGGUGUUUCCCUUUAAACUAUCCGUUUGGUUGCUACUGCUCCUGUCACUGCUCAUCCACCUUGUGAUCUAUCUGCCAGGAAGGAGAACUAACCAUGGAGAGAGUGGUGGUGGACUUCAGGUGAUGGCCUUGCUUUUGGGGGCAGCCGUAGCACGCCUACCACGCCCCUGGAGGCACCGUUUGAUUGCCGCCCAUUGGCUGUGGGCCAGUAUACCCCUGCGAGUAUCCUAUCAAUCCCUGCUCUUUCACCUGAUCCGCCUGCAACUGUACAGUACACCAUCAUUUUCCCUGGAGCAACUGAUGGCGGAUGGUUUCCAGGGUAUAUGCACGGCGAAUACCCACCGAUUGCUACUCGAGAUGCCACAAGUAGCUCGGAACCCGGAUAGUUUUCAUUCUCUGGACACGCCAUUCGAUUGGGACGUUUUGAAUGCCCUCCAGCAAUAUAGGAAUCGUAAAAUAUUCGCCGUCGCUAAUCGGGAUGUAGCCCUAUCCUUUAUGCACUCCUCCAGCUAUCCAAAUGCCUAUCACGUGGUCAAACAGCCCGUGAAUGUCGAAUAUGCCGGAAUGUACAUGCCUAAGCAUUCGUUACUCUACGAGAAGGUGGAUGAUGCAAUCCGGCGACUUGAUGCAGCAGGAUUUAUCCUCGCCUGGCGAAGGGCGUCCUUUGCAUCAGUCCUAAGACGGGAUGAGGUGCAGAUGACCAGCCGGCGGUACAUCAACAAUGCCAAGCUUUCGGGAAUUUACAUGGUCGUGGCGGCGAUGUACCUGCUGGCCGGUGUAGUGUUUGUCGGAGAGCUCGUGUUUUGGAGAAGGAACUGGAUUGUUAAAUAA